GUGCUGACACAGGGAGCAGAUAUGGAGGAACAGUCUAACAGACCCACAUGGAGCAGGCAGAUAGAGUUCACCCUGGCUGGGAUUGGCUGUGCUGUGGGCCUGGGCAACGUUUGGAGGUUCCCAUAUCUGUGCUACAGGAGUGGAGGAGGUGCCUUUCUGGUGCCAUACCUGUUCAUGCUGAUAGUGUUGGGGAUCCCUCUGCUCUACAUGGAGCUGACGGUGGGUCAGUUCACGAGGAGAGGGCCCGUCCAUGCUCUGGCUAUAGUAUGCCCUCUGUUAAAAGGAGUGGGCAUUGCAUCUGUAGCCAUCUCCUUCAUCAUGUCCACCUACUACAAUGUCGUCAUCACCUGGGCCCUCUAUUACCUCUUCAGCUCCUUCCAGGCGCCGCUGCCUUGGCAGAGCUGCAACAACACCUGGAACACACCAAACUGUACCAAUCACGCCACCAACAGCAGCUACUCCUCCACCGCAAGCCAGGAGUUCUUCAAAUAUAAGAUGCUGGAGCAGACCAGUGGAGUUGAAGAAGCAGGAACGAUCCGGUGGCAGCUUUUCCUUAUUCUCCUCCUGGCUUGGAUCCUCAUUUACCUUUGCAUCUUUAAGGGGGUGAAGUCAACAGGCAAGGUGGUGUAUUUUACCGCUCUAUUCCCAUAUGUUAUCCUGAUUGCCCUGCUGAUCAAUAAUGUGCAGCUUCCCGGCGCACUAAAUGGAAUAACCUUCUUCAUCGUGCCGAAAUGGGACAAGCUGCUCUCAGUGGAGGUGUGGGUGAAUGCUGCAGCUCAGAUCUUCAACUCCAUCGGGAUUGGUUUUGGGUCCCUCUUGGCCAUGUCCAGCUAUAACUCCUUCAACAACAACGUUCUGAAGGACACCCUGACUAUAUCCAUCAUCAACUCCGUCACUAGCAUCCUGGCAGGUUUUGUCAUUUUCUCUGCCUUUGGAUACAUGUCUCAUCUGCAGGGCAUUCCUGUCAGUGAUCUGGCUGUGGAUGAUGGGUCAUGAUUCACUUUUUCAAUCAGCAUUGCUACACUGAGAUCUUUACAUCUUUACGUGGUUGCAUUUGUGCAUCCAGGUCCAGGUCUGGUUUAUGUUGUUUAUCCAC